AAAAAUAAAAUGAAAUUUUAUAUUUUGUGUAUUUUUGCAACAAUUUUGUUUGGAGCAGUUUUUGGUGAUAAACAAAGUUGUAAAAGGGCUUCUGGUGUUACUGAGACAAGUCAGGGCAACCUACAAGUUCCAGAUAUUUGUAAAAAUAAUGGAGAUUCUAAAUGUGAUCAUUAUUGCAAAAAUGAAUGUAGUGCCAAGAAAGGAUUUUGCAGUGGACAAGCUACAGCAAAAGAAAAUAUGUGCUUCUGUACAUAUUAAAAAAUAAGAAUAAAAAUAAAAUAUAGAGAUAAAAAUUAAUACAAA